AAAUCAAAUUUACUCUGACUGCAUCAGCAUCAGGUAUUGGAAGCUCCAAAACAGUGUUUUUCAGUUUUGAAAUUGUUUAAAGAUGCCUCGUCCUUUGUUUCAAAGAAAUGGUUGCUGGGACCCUUUUCAGGAGAAGACCCAAAACCUUUUCAACCAAAAAAACGACCUCCCCAAUUUCCUCGAGCCAGAUGAGAUUAGCUGGAUAGAAUCGGCAAGGAAAAGAUUGGGGACACCGACCUGGCCAGGAUCUGUGCGUUUACCUCUCCUCAGCUCUUUGUGCAUGGAGGUUCCACCUAAAUCAUGUACUGGAUCAGAAGAAUGCAAUUCUGAAUCUGUGUGUGAACAAACGAAAGGACCGCAAAACUGGAAAAUCUGUCUAGAUGUCAGUCCAUUUUCUCCAGAGGAGAUAAACAUCAAAACCAAGGAGGGAUAUUUGGAGAUUACAGGUAAUCACGAGGAAAGGCAGGAGCAUCACAGAUGGAUCUCAAGAAGCUUUACAAGAAAAUACAAGCUUCUGGCUGACUUAGACCUAACACAGAUCAGCUCCAUGCUGUCUUCAGAUGGUAUUCUCUCAGUCGAGGCCUCAUUACCUGACUCUAAUAUCAGUCUCCCCGGAGAGAUUAUCAUCCCUAUUCACAUGAUGGACAAACAGUUAUCUGCAAAAUCAGACGGGCAAUGCAUAACCAGUAACUUAUAGACCUAGUUACUGGUUAGGCACAGCCCGUCUUACUUAAUAUGUAUAUGUGAAUAUAUGUGUGUUAAAAGUAAUGAAUGCGUUUUCAUAACUUUUUAUUUUUGAUGGCUAACAUUAGAAGCAUUUGUAAAUACUGGCUUUGCAAGGGAAUAUUUAUCAUAUUAUGAACCAUUACCAAAAGAUUACAGCGACAGUAAUAUGCUUAAUAGAUCAGUUCGGCUGUUACUUUGGUUUAAAAAUAAUUAUGCAAUACAUAAUUUGUGCUGUAUAAGAAUACGUCUAAAAUGAUCACUCCUAUGUAACCAGCAACUAAGGAGACUAAGGAGAGAUUAGAUUUUCCAGCUCGCUCUUUCUCACUUUUUCAGGCUACACUUUAAAUAAAAGAAAAAAGUGGGGCUAGACUCAUACUGGGGAUUGUAUUGUAUAA